GUCAUCAUGGCUACUAAGAUGGUCAUUCAGCAGCCUAAGCCACUAGUUUUGGCUCCUGGUUCAGAUCAGUGGUCCACCAGCAUAUGUGAAUGCGACAACCUCCAUGAUUGUUGUUUUGCGGUCUGGUGUUCUCCGUGUUUCGCCUGCAUCACAGCCCAAGAUCAUGGAGAAUGUCUCUGUCUGCCUCUGUUGGACAGUUUCGGCCUCUUCCCACCAAUCACUAUGGCCAUGAGAGUGUCUGUCCGACGCACCUACGGGAUUGAGGACUCGAUCUGCAAUGACUGCGUGCUGUCCUUCUGCUGCGGUCCAUGCUCUUACUGUCAGAUCAGACGCGAACUGAAGUCUCGCAAUCACCCGGUCAGCCUCUUCUGCAACAAAGCCAAAUAAAGCACUUGACCAGCAUCAAUCAUCAUCAUCAUCUUUAACCCCAACUAAUGAAAUCAAAUAAACUUUGUAAGCAUAUUGGGAAAGUGUAAAGCUCACUGUUUGGAAUUCAGUACUGACCCGAGGAGUAGUGUGUGGACUUCAUCUGUCGCCAGAUAAGGAAUGAAGACUGAAAAUGCUUGGCUAAAAAAAUAUGCAAUAUUUAUACUUUAGUAAUAAUAAUAUGAAUGUGUUAUUAGGCUUUGAGCUCA